GUGUGUGUGUGUACACAUAUCAUAUAUAUGUACGCGCAUCGCACGCCCUCACAUGGCAUACUUACACGCGUAUUACACGUGCCGUAAUUCUGUCCUGCAUUUUCGCGAUCGCGCGUUUUCAUUAUUCCUCUCCUUUCCCAACAUUUUACUUACCAACGUGCGGUUGCAAAAAAAUAAGGAGGAUACAUGUAUAUGUCCCGAUAAAUAAACCUUGUUCUGUAAAUUCACGCAUGAACUAAUAAAACUAAUUCAUUCUGCGUCGGUUGUCGAGAAUGAGAACACAAUCGCGUGUCUGCAGCCGACGCAAUAAAUUACUACACCUUACUACUCGGAUCGAUACGCGCGUUGCAUUUCCUGAUUGCGGGUCAAUGCGAUGAUCUUUUUCGAUUUACGGAUAUCGAUUGGUUGUACAUCCGAGUGGCUGUGCGGAUCGAAGAUGUGUACGGGUAUAAGACGAGUAACGUGAGCGAUAACAAUUUUCUUUUACAUGUAAUUUUAAUACAUAAUUUUUCGCUACUUCUCUCGCGAUCUUCGUCGAUCAUCGCGCGCACGAACAUCAUCGAACGUUUUUUUUCUUAGCUUUUGGAUUCGCUCUCACAACGGAAAUGUUACAUUUCAGGUGGCAUCGCUGGCGAAUCAACGUAAUAUUUGUGUACUUAUUCACGUCAGUGAAUACUUUUUCACUACCCCUCGAGUUUCUGUAAAACAUUUACUGCACGAUGUGCAAUUUCGUCUUGCGGAAUCCGCGGAUCGAGGCCUGAGGUGCAAAACACCUUUCAAGCGUGCCGCGCUCAAUGGUGGAUUCAUCGUCUCGCCGAUAGGUUCCCGGAUGAUGUAAUCCGGAUGUUCGCCAUGUUCGCUGCGACGAUUGUGCGACGCAUGAGAUUUUUUCGUACGGUCUUGCGGAGUUCGUCAGGAACACGGCGAUCGAUCGUUCGAUCACGCGCGGAGAAUCCCGCACUCACGGCGGUAACGGCGAAAAAUUCCCGGGCGACGUGACGGCGUGAACUCGCCGGGGCACCGCGCGGCGCCGCUUACGCGCCUGUCCGCUGUACGGCGCGGCGCUCCGCCAUUGGGGGACUAUUUCGCGUCGGGUAGGCGAGCUCGCGUGUGCGCGUCACGGUCUCGGACUAGAGAAAAUGAACUCCGCGGUGGUUAGCACGGCGCUACGAGCCGUAAGCCCGAUGUUCCGUCGUCGUUUCUGGAGUAAAUAGGAAAUCGGUCGGAUCAGCCGGGAUGGAGGGCAGCGCGUCCGGGAACGUGUCCGGGAUCACGCCAGAGCUGUACUUCCUGAUCGCGAAGUUUCUCGACGCGGGCUUCUGUCCGGAGGCCGCGACGGUGCUGAAGCGGGAAUUGGAGCGUACCAAGGUACUGCCGUCGCGACGCGACUGGGAGGGCAACGUACACAGUCAGACGUUCGAGGAGCUGGAGAAGAGAUACCCCCACAUUGGGUCGAAUUACUUGUUGCAAAUAUGUGCCAGAAUAGGACCAGUGUUGGAGAAAGAAGUGCCACCAUGCGUUCGUGGAGUGACAUCGCUUCUGGGUGCGGGCAGGCAAUCCUUGCUGCGUACCCUCGACGAUGUUACGCAUCAUACGUACAGAAUUUUCGAUUAUUCCGGAAGAUUCGAUGGAAAACCUUUCCUGGAACUGGCCGGUAGCUUGUCAGUACCUAACAUAGUACGUGUACUUCAGGGACGUGAGAAUUCGGGCCCUUUGAGUCGGCGACAGGCAAUACCGACCAAGUUCUACAGCAAAAUGAAGUUGUAUCGGCAUACGCUGGGUCAUUUAUCCGCGGUUUACUGCGUGCUGUUUGAUCGCACCGGUAAAUACAUUAUAACCGGAGCGGACGAUUUGCUGGUCAAGAUCUGGAGUUCCAUUGAUGGACGUUUGCUCGCCACUUUCCGAGGCGCGUCCGCGGAAAUUAUGGACAUCGCAGUGAAUUUCGAUAAUACUCUGUUGGCGGCGGGCAGUUUAGAUCGAGUGAUACGGGUCUGGUGUUUCCAGUCGAUGUCGCCUGUGGCAGUUUUAACCGGGCAUUCAGGCAUGAUCACGUCCAUCAAUUUUUGUCCGAUAGUAUGUAACGACGUUUACUAUUUGGUCUCCACCAGUACUGAUGGAUCCGUAGCUUUUUGGUCUCACACAAAAAAACCGAAGGAGAGAGCGGUAUUCCAAACAAGGCCCAUUCAGUACCAUGAGAAAAUGAGGCCAGGCCAGGCGCAAAUGAUUUGUGCCUCCUUCAGUCCCGGGGGCGCAUUCAUGGCAGCCGGCUCCGCGGAUCAUAACGUGAGAGUUUAUGCGAUGUUAGGGGACGAAGGGCCACGCAGAAUCCUCGAGAUCGAGGCGCAUUCCGACACGGUCGAUAGUAUUCAAUGGGCGCACAAUGGCUUGAAAUUCAUUUCUGGUUCCAAAGAUGGUACCGCGAACGUAUGGCAUUUCGAGCAACAGCAGUGGGUACACAAACAGCUGCUCAUGACGACCAAGCUCCCUGGAGAACCAGAAAUGGAUGAUGACACGAACAAGAAGGCGAAAGUAACCAUGGUUUGUUGGGACGUUAGCGACGAAUUCGUUAUAACAGCAGUGAAUGAUUACACGUUGAAGGUGUGGAAUGCAAAAUCGGGUGGAUUAGUGAAGGUUUUGCGAGGUCACAAAGACGAGGUCUUUGUGCUGGAAUCGCAUCCAAUAGAUCCCCGAAUGAUCCUCAGUGCUGGCCAUGAUGGACAACUUAUAAUUUGGGACGUAUUGAAUACAGAGCCGAUGGUGUGUUUCCAAAAUUUUGUUGAAGGCCAGGGAAAUUGUGCUGUUUUUGAUGCGAAAUGGUCGCCCGAUGGUACAAGGCUCGCCGCGACAGAUUCUAAUGGGCAUCUUUUGAUGUACGGAUUUGGAUGUUCGGUCGAGAAACUAAAAAUUGUACCCAAAGAACUGUUCUUCCACACGGAUUAUCGGCCUUUGAUAAGAGAUGGAAAUAAUUAUGUUCUGGAUGAACAAACACAAACUGCGCCGCAUUUAAUGCCACCGCCAUUUUUGGUUGAUAUAGAUGGAAAUCCAUAUCCGCCAGCGUUGCAGAGACUAGUGCCGGGAAGAGAAAAUUGUAUGGGCGAGCAAUUGGUACCAAAUAUUGCAGUUGGCGCAGGCGGCAUGCAAGAAGUUAUAGAAGGUCUUCCGGAACAAGAGCCAAGAUCAAACAUUGAUCGAUUAAUUGAGGCUCUUGCUCAAAGACAAAAUAUCAAUGCGGAUGGUGAAGCCAUUGCCGUCGGUGCCGGCGAAGAUAGGGAUAAUAACGUCGCGGAACAACCGAUUCGUCAAAUAGCGAGUCCCCGUGCGAGUAGAGCUGGUUUGAGGAGAGAGGGCAACGUUGAAGGUGUUCGGCAAAGCAGCGGUAAUUGGCAAAGGGAUAACACCACCCCGUGGAACAAGCCUAUGCUCGCGCGUCCCAUGAAUCCAGCUGCAAAAGACACUCAACAUAAAAUAAUUCAAGCGAUGGCUGAUAUGGAGUUAGAAACCUGGCGGCGGGAAAUGCGACGGCGACCACAGCCUACCUCGAGCACUGCCACUAAUCAAGGCAAUAUAGGGAAUAAACUCGUAAAUCGCAAUCGUAAUAGAACUAGGCACGGCUAUAGAACUAGGGCAACGCGCGAAGAAGAACAGGAGGAUGAAGACUAUGAGAACGGUGGCACGUCAGCGAGUUCGGACAGUAACAACAGCAAUGAUUCCACCGCUCACGAGGAGGAUAUGUGCUCCGACAGCACUACAGACUCCAGCACUGAGUAUUCCGAUUGGAUCGCGGAUCACGGACUGAAUUUGGAACCGCCCAAGCGCAGUAAGCGGAGACCCGUGAAAAAACGGUCUGUUACACCUCCGAGUGAGACGGACAGACGGCGCAGCAGGCGUCCUAAGAAAAAACAGGCAAUACCAAUAGCUAAUGGUAUUCGUGAAGUUCCUGAAAGUUAUCGUCCAUCAGAGUGGCUUACCGAAGUGAUACCGAGGAAAGCCCCUUAUUACCCGCAGAUGGGCGACGAAAUAGUAUAUUUCAGACAAGGUCAUAAAUUCUAUUUAGAUGCAAUUAGGAAUAAAAAGGUUUAUGAGCUUAGUCCGCGGUGCGAGCCAUGGACCAAGAUAAAUAUUAGAGCACAAGAGUAUGUAAAAGUAGUGGGUAUUAAAUACGAAAUACGACCGCCUCGUUUGUGCUGUUUGAAAUUAGCAUUAAUGGAUGAUGAUUUUCGGCUUACUGGGAGGAAUUUUACCAUCAAGUACCACGAUAUGGCCGACGUGUUAGAUUUCCUGGUGUUGCGUCAGACCUUCGAUUCAGCGUUGGCGCGAAGUUGGUCUGAGGGAGAUAAAUUUCGUUGUAUGAUCGACGACGGUUGGUGGAUGGGUCAGAUCGUUGGAAUGGAGCCGUUAGACGAAGAGUUUCCGGGAUCGUUCUUUAUGUGUUUCCGCGUCAGAUGGGACAAUGGGGAAUACGAACGAAUGAGCCCUUGGGAUCUCGAGCCUGUUGACGAAGAUAGGGUGCCCACGGAAAUCGGUGGCGCCGUUCCUGUCUUACCGGAGGAGAGACAAGCGAUACUGUAUCAACCCCACUCGGAGGAGUGGCCCAUGGGCGACAGAGAGGCGACUUGUCGCCGAAUCAUACGAGGCUUGGAUCAAGUGAUGAGUCUCGCGAUCGCAGAGCCAUUCGUAGUGCCGGUGGAUCUCAGUCUUUAUCCAACUUACGCGUAUAUUGUCGAGUACCCGAUCGACUUGUCGACUAUAAAGGCCCGUUUCGAGAAUCAUUUCUACAGAAGGAUCACAUCGGCACAAUUUGAUGUUAGAUACUUAGCAACGAACGCUGAACAAUUCAACGAACCGCACAGUCACAUAGUAAAGAAGGCCAGAAUAGUCACUGACCUUUGUCUGCGUAUAAUAAAGGAAACCACCGAUGUCGAUGUUCCGGCGGUGUAUCAUCAGUUGAACGACACGUACCACUCCUCUGAAUCGGAGGUGGAUGUAGAGGACAAACCCUCGACGAGUAAACCAAAAUCCACGUCGAAUAAGAAGUUACCUAUGCAGGAGUUUUCACAAGACUGGAAAGUGGCGUGUCGCCAAUUGUUGGAGAGCCUGUGGCAGUGCGAAGAUUCAAUACCUUUCAGGGAACCGGUGGACAGAUUCGAACAUCCGGAGUACCAUCAAAUAAUAGACACGCCGAUGGACUUGCGUACUGUCAAAGAGGAUUUGUUAGGCGGCAAUUACGAGACACCAGUGGAAUUUAUGAAGGACAUGAGAUUGAUAUUUCAAAAUAGUAGAAAUUUUAAUACCAACAAACGUUCGAAGAUAUAUUCGAUGACAAUAAGACUUUCGGCCAUGUUCGAGGAGCACAUGCGUAGGAUACUUUCAAAUUGGAAAUCGGCGCGUAGACGUACUAAUAAAACGCAUACAUGCAAUGAUAAUAAAACAAAAGUGAAAGGAAAGAGGAAGCAGAAAAAGAAGAAGAAGAAGAAGAAGCCCGGUUUAAGUAAUGGCACAGGACCUUCCAAAUCAAAAUCUGUUCCUAGCGACGAGGAUGAAGACACCGAGGAAGACGAUGAUGAUGACGAUGAUUAUCGGCAGUCGGGUAAAGAGCAGAAAAAGAAUGAUUUUGACAUAUCUGCACCUGGUCCGUCACGGAUGACGAACGGUUACACGAAACGGUCUAGUUCCGGCCCGUCCAGGCCAACGUUGAAAUUGCGAAUCUGCCGGUCGACUGUCUCGAAGAAACCGAAGGAUAGUGAUAGUGACGCUAGUGAGUCUGAGGUAACGUCAGACACGGACAGCAGUGACAGUGCCCCUGUCCGAAGAACUAGAGCACGGACAGCGAGGCCAAGUGUUAGUGCCGAUAGCGAUUCCGGAGACAAUUACACGCCCGGCGGUCGCAGCAAGCAGGUUCGCAAGAAUCGCGGCAAAAAUAUUAAGAACGGUAAGCAAUCCAAAGCUAAAGUGAAAUCGCACGUUAUCCCGGACGACGAAGAUGACGACGACGAGUACGUUGCGGAGACCAAGGUGAACGAGGACAACGAGGAGGACGAGGAGGAGUUCCUCGCGCCGGAGGACUCCACGGAGGAAGAGAGCGAGGAGGAAAAGAUCAUCAAACGGGACACCAGGUCGCGGAAGUUGGUGAGCGAGAGUGUGCAGAACCAAAAGUACACCGCUAACAACGGGAAAAACGACAAUAGCGACAGCGAGAGCGAGGAGGGCGACGACGACGACGAGGAGGAGGAGCGGGAGGAACGAGAGAUGGAGGAGGAGGAGGAAGAGGAGCAGCAGCAGCAGCAGCAACUGCAGCAUAACGCUAACAAUCAAGACUCGGAGGACAGUGAUUAUUCGUAUAGACAAUCGUGCAGACCGUCGCGCUCGAGUCGUCGGAAGCAGUGCAAUUAUGCGGAGUCGGAGGACGCAACGAGGCAGCGGUACAGCAGCGGCACCAGGCGAUCCUCGGCGCGGAAGCGGCCCUGUUACAACGAGAUCGAUAGCGACGAUAGUGCGACGCUGCCGGUGAGAAACCGUCGCAAGAUCAAGCGUCGCUCGUACGCCGAGGACAGCGACGAGAGCGUGCCCGAGCCCGGCAUCAGCAUAAGUAGCCGUGGUCGCAUACGUAAAAUGACGCCGCGCGCCCGCGCUUACCUUCUAGAAUCGCCCUAACGGCAUCUCUCUAGGUAAAAAGUUAUGUACAAGUUCGACGGAAGAACCGUCGUGAGAAUUCUUGAAGACUUUAGUGUCGUGCGCACUGAAAGCUCCGAUCACUAUCACACGUUCGAGGGAACUCGCCUUCAAAGAUGAAUCGAGUUUUCGAUCGAUCGAUCGGUCUUCUCGAUCUCGCCGCUUGCUUUGUCGUCUACUCGUGUCUGACACUAUAUUUUCCAUCGCGCGUAAUCGCGACAUUAAAUCUCCGACAGACACGGUCCUCGGAGAUAUAUUUGCAGUGAAGGUUGGAGUUGAUUUCAAGGCACUUGAUUUCCGAUUUUUUUUCUGCGCUCGAUUGACAAGUUUAACUGUAUGAAAAGAUUGAAGUCGUAGAGCGAUUUAAUAGCUCGUUUGCUACUAUAAGUACUUCUAUUUUUAUGAAACGGUUUGUUCUACAAAGAAAGUGUUCUUUCUUUUUUUUUAUAUUUACCUGUACUGUCGAUCUGAAAGAUACAUUGGCUCAGUGGUACAAACAGAAACAGUGAACGGACACACGAUAUUUUCCGUAUCUUGCAGGUCACCACUCUGUACCGUUUUAUUUGCAGGUUCAACCAACUUUAAUAACGAUAGGCAAAUCUGUAUAAAGUUUCACCUUUUCCGAAGAGGAUUAUAUUGAAAAUUCUAUAUAAUCGUGUUGUUGUACAGGUACGAUAAUUAUCUCUGUUAACCAUCUUGAAAGUGUAGAAAACAGGAAUGUGGUCUUCAAGAAACGAUGUAAAUCUACGCUUAUACCGAUUGCUUCCAUUGAUUUCAAAAGUUCAGUUGACAAAUGAAAUUUUCAUGCUAUAAUUAUAAAAACAGGCGAUAUCGUGUUAUUUUAUAAAACAGUUUUUUCAGUUCUUAUUAAAGCAACAAAGGUUGACCGGCACCUAUAAAAUUUAUCAAGUUAUCGUUUUAAUAGUUCUUCGCAGUAUCAUUGUAAUGGUUACUCAUUGAGAGUUUAUGAACUCAUGUUGAGACCCUUAUUUUCUCACUGCAGUGAUAUUGAAUUUGAUUAGAAAACUUUUUUUGUUAUGUGAACACAUUAAUAAAUAGUCAUAAUUCUUAUCAUAAAUUCUUAUAAUUAAAAAUAGCUACAAAUAGCUAUACAAGUUUAUAGUUCAAAGUAGCUAUAAAUAGGUAUAUAACUAUUUGUUGCAUUUUCUCGGUGAAGAUAUAGAACAUACUUAUGUAUCAAGAGAAAUUCUAUUGGUGUCGCAAUUCAAUGGAGCUGCAAUGAGACAAUCAAGAGCCUUUAUGCGAAUAUUUUCUAAACAUGUUCCGCGGGAACGUGAAUCAGUAUUUAUUUUACCUACGAAAAAUCUUUAAGAGAGAAAAAAAACGUAAUAUCGUAAUAUAAUUAAAUGUGAAUUUUUGCAUUGCCCGAGAGAAAACUUUAUUGUAGUUCGUUACACACACACAAUGGUUACCUCCUUAGACAGCGGACUUGUAAUUUGCCUUUUUAAGUUAUAUUAAAUGACGUGACAUGUACGAUAGCGACAUGGUUUGUUGUUAGCAUACGGAGAGAAUUGAUUUUAUUUUCUUGAAUGUGAUGAACAAUAUUUGGGAGUACAACAAGGCAUCUUUAUUAUGUUCUUCUCUUCUUUUUUUCCUUUUUCUUCCUCCUUUUCUCUAUGCGAAUCCUGCCACGAAUUCUCUUUUCGCUUCUCACUUAAGUUUACCGCACAUCACAUGUAGGAAAGUGAGUCCGCGUGCGUGUAAAUAUAACACAUUGUAUCCAUUCGCGAAUAAUUCUUAUUUCUUCUUCUUCUUCUUCUUAAUAUUGACGUUGCAUGAGAUGAAUUGUGUAUAUGGUCUGUAGUGAAAUAACGAUUUUUUACAUAGAAUUUGUACAUCUGUUACGGAUUUAAGGAAGUCACGCAAUUUUAGAAUUUUUCACGAAGGCAGAGUAGAGACGUUUUUUCCAGAUUUAUAUGACGCGAAUUUAAACGGAUCACGCAUUACGUAGUUGUAUAAAUGAAUUGUCAGAAGACAGUUGUGCCGCCAGCAGCUAACAUCGUUUAUCAGAACACAUGCACAAACAUCAGAAGUCUUGACUGUCUCGAGCCAUUGUGAUAUUAGUUUAAGAAUAUCAAAUAUAUGAUAAUGUAAAUUAUCAAUAACUAGGAUUAUAAUCGAUAUUUUUUUAAUGACCUACAUAAAGAGAGUCAUAUCACAUGUAGUUUCGAUAAUACAUCCAGCCUGGGAUUUAAUUAUUAAUUUAACAAUGUUAACUUUGGUCUCACACUAUUAAUCAUACAAUAACGAUAUGCUUCACAUGGUGAACAUCCAGGAAUAAUAUAAUUUCAUGUAUAUAAUAUAUAACUCCGUUAAAGAAACAGGACGUAUACAGGACUUAAUACGAAAUAGUUAUGUUUUAUGUACAGUUUGACACUUAUUCUGUUGUGAAAUCAGCGUGCUCUGUUAAUAUACGGUUCUUUGAAACCCACCGCCACCAAUAAAAGGAUUAAAUUAUUUUAUA